AUGUAUCGGACAUGUGGGCUAUUAAUAGGGUUGAGUUUGUUACACUUACUUUCUUCACAAGUGCUCGCUCAAUCUAACCCAGCGUCUCGAGUAUGCAUCAUCGGUUCUGGUUACUCAGGCUUGGCCGCAGCGAAGUAUAUGCAAGACUAUGGCCUCAACUAUACAGUAUUCGAAGCUACACGUAACAUUGGUGGCACCUGGAGAUACGAUCCUAGAGUGGGUACAGAUGAAGAUGGAUUACCUAUAUUUAGCAGCCAAUAUAAGAACCUACGGACAAAUUCUCCAUAUAAGAUAAUGGAAUUCCAAGACUAUUCAUUUCCAGAAGGUACUCGUUCGUUUAUCAGUGGAGGUUGCUUCUAUAAGUAUAUUAAAUCUUUCGUUAGACAUUUUGGAUUGAUGGACAACAUUCAGGUGCGAAGUCUGGUAACUUGGGUAGAAUGGACGGGAGACAGUUGGAACCUAACGUAUAUGAAGACUGACACCAGGCAAAAUUAUACGGAAGAAUGUGAUUUUGUUGUCGUAGCAACCGGGGAAUACAGUACACCCAAAAUACCGCACAUCAAAGGACAAGAGUUAUAUAAAGGAAAAACAAUGCAUAGUCACGAUUAUAAGGACCCUGAAGAUUUUCGUGGCCAAAGCGUGAUGCUCAUAGGAGCUGGUCCAUCAGGACUCGAUCUUGCCGUGCAGCUUUCUAACGUCACCUCGAGACUGGUGCACAGUCAUCAUAUUAUUAAGUCUUUCAAAAUCUACAAUCAGCCAGACUUUCCUGGGAACUACAUAAGUAAACCAAAUGUGAAAUAUUUCACUCCGAAUGGAGCUGUGUUUGAGGACGGCACUACUGAGGACUUCGAUAUCGUCAUAUAUUGUACAGGUUUCUACUACAACCACCCGUUUCUGAGCACUCAAUCCAGCGGUGUAACAACGACAGAGAACUACGUUAUGCCUUUAUAUCAAGCGGUUGUAAACAUCAAUCAGCCCACUAUGACAUUCAUAGGAAUUUGCAAGCCAUUUUUCGCUAAAGUUCUGGAUCUCCAGGCACAAUAUUCAGCAGCGUUAGCCGCAGGCCAGUUCAAGUUGCCUACCAAAGAUUCAAUGAUACGUCACUGGCUAGAGCAUGUACAAAUGCUGAGAGAGUCACAAUUCAAAAUAACAGAUGUCAACAGUGUUGGACAAAAUCUAGACAAAUAUUUUGAAGCUCUACACAAAGAAGCGGGCGUGCCUCUAUUGCCACCAGUGUAUACAUCAAUGUUCACGUUCAGCGGGAAGACAUUGUUAGAAGACCUACUCCAUUACCGAGAUUAUGACUAUCACAUCAUUAGUGACACCCAAUUCAAAAAGAAUCCCAAUCCAAGUAAAGAAAUAUGUCCUUUUGACGACUAG